UAUAUUCAAGAUAAAUUCAAUUUAACGGGACUGAAUGAACAAGUACCACAUUAUCGUCAGGCAUUAGAUAUGAUUCUUGAUCUUGAACCUGACGAUGAUCUGGAUGACAAUCCAAACCAAUCAGACUUGAUCGAGCAAGCUGCGGAGAUGCUUUACGGUCUCAUCCACGCGCGUUACAUACUUACCAAUCGUGGCAUUGCUCAGAUGAUCGAGAAAUAUCAAGCGGGCGAUUUCGGUCACUGUCCGCGAGUUUAUUGUGAAUCCCAGCCGAUGUUGCCGCUAGGACUUAGUGACGUUCCUGGCGAAGCAAUGGUCAAGAGCUACUGUCCUAAGUGCAUGGACGUUUAUACACCGAAGAGCUCGAGACAUCAUCACACUGACGGAGCGUAUUUUGGAACGGGAUUUCCACAUAUGUUGUUCAUGGUCCAUCCUGAAUAUAGACCAAAACGUGCGGCAAAUCAAUUUGUACCUAGAUUAUACGGCUUUAAAAUUCAUCCUGUAGCAUAUCAGAUCCAACAACAAUCUGCGUCCACGUUCAAAGCACCAUUACGGACCCUCAACUAUAACAACGGGAAACGUUAAAAUUAUCUUCGGAGUAGCCUAGAAUACUUCCUUUCAUUACUCGCAAUUCCUAAUUUCGUCCUUAAAGAUUUAAAUAAAAUAUUUUUUAUAUCUCUGUUUCCUCAAUACGUUGCCGCGCAAGAGGGACACGUUCUUUGAAGCUGCUCAUCAUAACUCUUUCGAUUCGUUCAUUGUCUUGACGUUUUUGAAUUCGUUUCUGACAUUGUACGAAGAGAAGAGAAAAAGAGGAAAAGAGAGAGGGGGGAGGGGGCGAGCGUUUAGUUUCGUCAUGUGAAUCAUUGUCAUGUUAAUUUAAAUUGUAGCAACAGUCGUUUUCGUGAAGAACCAAUAUGUUUGUAUAGAAACUUUGAGCAUUAUUCAUUAAAAGAUAGAGGGGAGGAGAAGGAAAACACGCUUAGAAUAAUUACUAGAUCGUAAAUAAGAAAAGAGAUGAUGAUUAUAAAUAGAACAUAUACCCGUUUUGUACGAAUCGCUUGUGUCAUCAUAUUUGCUGCCAAGUAGUUCCUAAACAUGUGCAGGAGCGGACUUCCUGGGAAGGUCGAAGAAGCGAAUGGUACCGGGUUCACGUUGGUUCUUUUCAAGACGAGGAAUAAUGUAUAAAGGAGAAUAGCUGUUAAGUGUAACUUAAUUUAAUCGCCGAGUAAUUUGUGCGCGCGAACUGUGACAGAAACGAUUUAGUAACAUAAUAAUUGCGUAGGUAAUGGAGAUAAUUUACUUUUCAACAAAAACCGUUGAGCGCGAGACAAUAUUUCAGAGAGGCGGGAGGAAGGUUCUCAGAAACGAAGACUGUGCAUUUCCCAAUGAGAGAGAAGAGGACUAAAGUCGACAAUUUCGGUUUCUAUCACAGUUCCCGAGACAUUUUUAUGGACACUUAGCAUCGGAUGGGAGUUGACAAUUCUGCGAUUAGAUAAAAUUCUAUGUACGAUUUUUAUGCAGCAACAAAACUACUGAUAGCAUCUCUUUAUUUUGUAUUAUCAGUACAAAUCAGUUUGUGAAGCGACGAAGUUUCAAGUCGGAUAAUUCGAAUAGAUUUCAUAUCUUUAAAUUACUUGGUAUUAAGGAAAACUGUUGUAUUGUAUUUCCACUUUAAUUAAAAUAUGAUUUAUUUA